AUGUCCUCCGUCACGACAAGUCUUCCUUUACAAUAUCAACGCGAAAUACUAGAUGAACUUUUAGCUGAAGAUGGUUUUUUGAUUUUAAGUCGUGGCUUAGGCUUAAGACGUAUAAUAUGUGCGCUCCUCAAAAUAUAUUCUCACACAAAUCAUUUAGUGAUUUUGUUAAAUACUCCUGCACAUGAAGAAAUUAUCAUCAAGGAAGAACUCGCAGAAAUAGGCGUUAGGAAACCUGGGCUGAGGGUUGUGAACAAUGAGAUAGGUAUCAAAGAAAGAUCUGAAUUGUAUCUUUCGGGUGGUAUCAUAUCGGUCACCUCUCGAAUUCUUAUAGUGGACCUAUUGACAAAACGAAUUCCUUCGUAUCUUAUUACUGGAAUAUUAGUGAACCAUGCAGAGAGGGUAAAUGAAACGUCAAUAGAAGCAUUCAUAUUGAGAGUUUAUAAAGAAGAAAAUCAGGCAUGUAUAAUCCUUUAUGAAGGAUUUAUUAAAGCAUUUUCAGAUUCACCUGAAUCCUUUACUGGUUUUUCACCAUUACAAACAACUUUACAAUAUCUUCAAUUACGCAAAGUGUUCUUAUGGCCACGAUUUCAUGUAACUAUACGUGAAUGCCUUGAAGAACGAAAGGUUGAAGUGAUUGAAUUAUAUCAACCCCUGUCUAAUUCCAUGCGUGAUAUACAAUCAGCUAUCCUUGAGUGUAUAGAAGCUUGUGUAGCAGAACUUAGAAAAACAAAUAUUGCUUGGUUAGACAUCGAGGAUUUAACUGUAGAGCAAGCUUUCUUUAGAUCUUUUGACCAUAUAAUAAGGCAACAACUUGAUCCAGUGUGGCAUCGUGUUGGACAGAAAACAAAGUUUCUGAUCGGCGAUUUAACAAUGUUACGCAAGUUACUCACAUAUCUGGUGGGCUAUGAUUGCGUGACUUUUCAUAGUUUCUUGGAAACCAUACUUGCGAGUCAAACACCAUCAUCUACGUUAAAUCAGCAGCAACAAUCACCAUGGAUAUUUAUGGACGCUGGCAACACUAUAUUUUCU